AUGGAAGCGACGAAGGGCAAACAAGGGCUGCUCGAUCAAAUCCUACCUCCGCGACUGGAGGACGCCGGGCUAGAAGACUGCGCACUUCCUCCCGAUUCGAUCAAGGAAGCAUUUCUGAAAGCCGCCUCCGCAGUCAAGUCACGCGCCACCUCCAUCUUCACGGACGAUACCGACGACGGUGGCGAUUGCGUCCAGGACCCUUGGCCGGAGGCAAAGGAUGUUUCCGAUGCUAUUGUCGGAGCGCCUCCCGCCGCCGGUGCUGCGGAUGUGCUGGUCGGGAUAGACGAGGGCUUGGAUGAGCAGGGGAGCUGCGUGGCCGAGAAGGGCGGUGGUUUGGUGGAGGAUGGUCGGGAUGAAGUGGUGGUCGGCGGUGGCGAGAUUGAGGAGAAGGAAAGAGGGAAAGGGUGUGUGGACGGUGGUGGGCUCAACAAGGAGAAAAAGGAUCAGAACGGUGAUGACGACGAUGAAGGAGGAGAAGGUGAGAGACCAAUUUUGACGGAAGGGGUUGUGUGA